AAGGACACUCCUCUACCGUGGACUGGUUGUUGUAUUCCUGAAUCUGAUUCAAUGCAUAGAUUUAUGUAGUAUGGCUUUAUUUCUGUUAAACACUUUUUUGUUUUGGUCGUAGAGCUGAACAAACAUAACACACAUUACAAUUUGUAGCCUAAACAGUUUUUAUUUUGUUCUAGUGAAUGAAAUCUCAACCGUUCACAAUAGGACCUGUGGUGAAAGUCUAAUGCAAGACGAUGAUGGAGCAGGAUGAAACCCCUGGAGAUGUUAUACCUUCUGUAAAAGAUGAAGAGAUAGAAGAAGAGGUGGAGACGACGGAAUUAAUAGAUGAUGAAGAGGAAGACGAGGAAGCACUCCCCCACUCAGAGAUCUUGGAUAUUUUCGAAGAGGGUCUUGCUCUUCUUGUGCAGGAUCCUCUACUUUGUGAUCUUCCAAUACAGGUGACAUUGGAGGAGAUUAAUUCGCAAAUCGCUUUGGAAUAUGGCCAGGCGAUGACUGUCAAGGUUUUAAAAGCAGAUGGAGAGACCAUGCCUAUAGUGGUGGUACAGAAUGCCAGUGUGCUGGAUCUUAAGAAAGCCAUCCAGAGGUUCAUGGAGCUCAAGCAGCAGCGUGAGGGAGGGGUGAAAUACGUUAGCUGGAGAUAUGUCUGGAGGACUUAUGCUUUAGUAUUCCAAGGGGAAAAGAUGGAAGAUGACAACACAAGACUAAAAGACUACGGAGUCAGGAACAGAGAUGAAGUAACGUUCAUGAAGAAGCUCAAGAAAAAGUAGCCUGUUGAAUAAUUGCACCGGUGAGACCUAACAUUGGAAGGUGUGGUAAAUAGCAAGUACAGCUUGCAGACUUUAAUCAAAUGCUGUACGAGAAAACAUGUUGACUGACUUUUGGUAAACCUUUAUGUUAAACAGUCCCUUUUUUGGGGCAUUAACAUGUAAUAACAUCAUAGUGUUAAUACUUUUACAGCAAAUGUACAUCUAUUUGUUGAUCUCUAUGAGAGCCUAUAUUCAUGCAAUAUAUUUUUUAUAUUAGAUUUCUUGAUUACUUGUAUUUGAAUAUGAAUAAACCAUACAUUUUAUAAAAACAUA